AUGGAGAACCGCGUAGCGACUCGAGUUGGCGGUGUGUCAAACCUCCCACGAGUCGGAGGUGUGGCUGAUGACAACGAUGAAGAUAACGAGAAGGUCUACUAUGGUUUUGGUGUGUUUAUGGGACUACCAUUGGCCGAUUUGAAGGCUAUGAAGGACGACUUUGUGGAGCAGCAGGCGCUAACUGGUGGUCCCCCGCUGCGACGUGCGUUACAGCCAUCGACCAUUCUGGACAACCGUACGCAUUGCGUGGAGAGUGAUGAGAAUGGCCAUGACCAUCAGGGAGACGUGCACAUGGCACCACCUCAUGCGCUGCAGCAGCAGCAGCAGCACCAUUUGAAGGGCUACGAGCGUCAGCAUGACGAGGGUCAACAGAGAGACUACAUGGGCGAAGGAAGAUCUAGAUUUGCCCAUGAGCCACCUAGUGAUGAACAGGGUGGUGAGGAUGACGAUGCUGAUGCCAAUAGCGACGGCUCGGACGAUUUUGGCAACAAGUCGCACUCGCUUAACUUUAUUCUGCACUAA